AUGACAUGGCAGUUUUUUGGACAAGAUGCAGAUAAUGUCACAAAAGCCCAGCAGUGUUUGUGUGACUUGAAUGAUGAAAAUGAAAAAAAGUUUCUUCACUUGAUGAUUCAGACAUUGAUCUGGAUUCUGUCAGAACUUCUUCCAGUAGUGAAUCAGACAGUGCAGAUCUUGAUGUUCAGGGUCAGUUCAUCUCAGACGACCGCCAUGCCAGUUACGCCGCACGUCGCUGCUCUGCUGUUGCUUUGCAGUGUCAGAGCGUGGCCUGUGUUCAAGACUUGGUUGAGCGUUGACAGUGAUGGUGGAGAUAAUGGUCUUACCUAUUACAAUCGUACUAGCAGAGUGCUCAACUUUUUCCCAGUCCCUAUGAGUGUGGAGUGUCUCUCGGAUGAUGGACGCAGAACAGGAGUGUGUUUGAACGUGUAUGAAUGCAGGAUACAGGGCGGUCGGGCCAGUGGCCCUUGUGCUCUGGGCUUUGGAGUCUGCUGUGUCUUCACAGCCACUUGUGGUAAUGAUAUCAACAACAACAUGACCUAUUUCAUCAGUCCAACCUUCCCAGCUCUGUCACGUGAUGCAGCUGCCUGCAGUGUCCAGAUCAAGAAGAUAGACUCUAGCAUCAGCCAGCUGCGACUUGACUUUGUGCACUUCAAUCUGGGACAGCCGAACAGACGGACAGGUGUGUGUGAUUCAGAUGUAUUCAUCAUGAGUGGAGGAGUGACUCAGGACCUGAAGCUGUGUGGGCAAAACAGUGGUCAGCAUGUGUACUAUGAUGUGGAAAAUGUGAAUGACUCGGUCAAUGUUAUCAUGAACCUGACUGACAACAACUUGUUCCGUAUGUGGGAGAUCAAGGUCACACAGAUUGAGUUCAAUCAACGUGCCCCUGCUGGUUGCAGGCAGUACUAUCAGGGUAGCAAUGGAAUUAUCCAGACGAUGAACUUUGCAGACAAUGGCCGUCACUUGGCAGACCAAGACUACACCAUCUGUAUGCGGCAGGAAGAAGGAAUGUGUUCGAUAGCAUAUGAACCAUGUGAUGAGAACUCCUUCAAGAUUGGACCCCCAGUUUUGUCAGAUCCUGGCUCAGGAGAUGGUGUAGCUGGAGACAGCCGAGAAUGUGAUGACAAGAUUGUGAUGCCAUGUGACUCAGAGGAACUCAUCAUGCCGGAAGCCAGUGGGCCUGGGGUCUGUGACCUUCUGCACUGUGGCAGCUCAUUCUGUAACCAGGGGGAGAUGCCCUGCCGCAUUGAGAGUAGCGUGACUCCUUUCAACAUACGUGUGCAGUUUGGCCCAGGUGCCCGAGAAGAGUCCCCAGAAGACAAUCUUGGCAUGUGUCUGCGUUAUGAACAACUGCCGUGCUAUGAAUGAUGAUGAUGAUAACUGUUUUAUAUUUAUAUUCUCUUUGUAUUGUUGAAACUAAAGGAUGACAUAUUUAUUUUUAAUACAAAAUAUUAUUUUUGUAUAUGCACAUUUUCUCCUCUAUCCUAGAAUGUGUGUGCGCAUGACUAAGUGAAAGUGAGUCAAAGAUUUUGCUCUGAUUUUUCCAGGGAUCACUAAAAAUGAGUAAUAUUUAUGUGUAACAUGGUAAUAAGAAGCUACAUUAAAUUACAAACAUAGAAUUUAAUAGAGAAUAGACUUAACAGAUGUUAAACGUCAUUAAUAAUUUCCUUUGACACUACU